AUGGGGGUAAUAGUAGAACAACAUGGAAUUCAUCAUGAAAACCUUGAACAACCACCCAGGAGAGUAAUGAUGGUGAAUAGAAAUCAGGAUACAGACGAAGUAGUCCAUAGGGUUAUGCAAGAUAAUGUGUUGGUGGAGAACAAUUUAACCACCAUGAUCGAAAGGAUCAUGGCACAAAAUGGCUUAAACACAGGCCUUAGGAGGCCAAAUUAUACUUCCCCUCUGACAGAAUAUGUUCCGCAGUUUGAAUUACCAAGGGGUUGUAAAGUCCCCAGAUUUACAAAAUUCUCAAGAGACACUAGUGAAUUUACUGUUGAACAUGUAGAAAGAUAUUUGAUUGAGGCAGGGGAUUUGACAGAUAAUGCAUGGCCUCGAUUGGAGAGAUUGAUCCAUGAACAAUUCUACAUGGGACAAGCCAAAAUAAGUCUCAAAGAAUUAUCUAGCAUUAAGAGAAAAUUCACUGAGCCAAUAGAUGACUAUUUAAAUAGGUUCCGUCUAUUGAAAUCCAGAUGCUUUACAGUAGUGCCUGAACACAAACUAGUAGAAAUGGCUGCUAGUGGGCUAGAUUUUUUUAUUCAAAAGAAACUAGAUACCCAAUAUCUUAAAGAUAUGGCCCAAUUAGCAGAUAGAGUUCGACAAGUCAAACGAUUGAAAGCUGAAAAGGCUAGAGCAAACAAGAAUUAUAAAAAAGAAAGGGUAGCUUAUGUCGAGGCUGAAGAAGAAGAAACAUAA